AAAUAAAAACCUGAACCAGUUAGAAAUCAAGCAUGCGUAUUACACCGAAUAAGUCGUAAAACAUCUAAAUAUGGGUGAUCUGCAUAAGCGUUUAUAUAUAACAUAUUGAAACUGACCUAUUACUUUGUGAGAAAUAUAUACCUUCAUUUUUAUAAUGGGAAGAAGGAAUAGCAUUCCAAAAGGAUGGCUACACUGUCCCCAAAAUGGUAAACGCCUCAUUGCAGACAUUUUUAUGCCUUUGAAAACACCUUUAUCUCGUAGAUACAACGUUUCUCCUAAAGAUGAGUACCCCAUACAAGAAAUUUUCAAAAGAGCCAAAUAUAAUAAGGUUCACAUUGGUCUCUGGAUAGAUUUAACAAACACAGAUAGAUAUUACAACAAAGAAGAUAUUGAACAUAUGGAUUGUCAGUAUGUGAAAUUAAGUUGCCCUGGACAUGGUGCAUGUCCUUCUAAAAACAUUACAAAUGAAUUUAUCUCUAUAUGUCAUCAAUUUCAUAAUAAGAGACCGGAUGACUGUAUAGCAGUACAUUGUACACAUGGUUAUAAUCGAACAGGAUUUUUAAUAGCUUCAUAUUUAGUAGUGAAACUUAACUAUGAUGUUAAGUUUGCUGUGAAAGAAUUUGCAUAUUCAAGGCCGCCUGGAAUAUAUCGAGAAAACUAUAUAUUAGAACUGUUUAGACGAUAUGGUAAAGUUUCUAAAGCACUACCGCCUCCACCUUUACCACACUGGUGUGACCGAUAAAGUGUAACUGAUUUCAUUGUACAUGUACAAUUGGGAGUCCAGCUAAUAAUGUUUGGAAUUGAUCAAAGAAAUAAAAAUAUGCGUAAUUCAUUUAAAUUAUUGUAUCACCUGUGUAAAGUAUGUCCUACCAUUUCAUCAAUAUGUGAAUCAAAACAUUUUUGUAUACUUUCCAAAUCUAUUUGAAAAUAAUUAAAAGUCAAAGUUGUUUCUAAUGAAAAGUUCUAUUUAAACAGGAGUCGGAACAUUAAGUACAGAAAACGUAAUGAAAAACUGUUAUGUGGGUGGAUAAACCACAACAAGACAUUCUAUAAUGACUAUACCAAUAAAUCGGCCCUUAUAAUGUUUGUCCAUAAAAAGCCUUGAAGUUCAAAGAAAAGAAUUAUUUUUCAUCAACUGUAAGAUGUCCGGGAUACAUAAAGAGAACGGCCAAAAGAGGACUAGUAAAAAGGUUAAGGAAGACCGUGAUAUAAUGAAAAUACUGGUGGAGAAAAAAGUAGCUGGAAGCUAGCCACAUCCAGAUUUUGCAAAAAUUAAAACAAGAUCUUUCAAUAGCUAAAGUUGGGAUUGACAAAACAGAUUACAUAGAGAAAAAUUUUCCAUAUAGACAAAAAAAACAUAUAUAAACAGAGAAAUACUAAUAAUUCAAAUAUGAAAUUAUUUUUUUCGGCGUAUCAAUUUGAAAUGGUUUUCUUAGUGUAAUCUGUUACGUCAAAUGACAUCACAAUUCAGAAACCUAUUUACCUAAUGUUUCUUUAUAUGAUAUUCGUAGAGUAUUACUUAAUUCUUCAACAUAUCAAAAUAAAAAUAUAUUAACUUAUCAUUUUUUGUAUUUAGUAAUACUAUUUAUUUUACUAUGCAAUAAAUAUUUUAUAGAUAA